CCGCGGGCGCCGUCAUGUCCGGCGCGGGGGCGGGGCGAGCGGGCGGCGGGCAGUCGGCGGCGGCCAUGGCUCCGAGCGCGCAGGCGGGGGGCGGCCGCGGGCAGGCCCCGGGCCCGGGGCUCCGCCAGGGCAUCCGCGCUGUCCUGCUGGGGCCGCCCGGCGCCGGCAAGGGCACCCAGGCACCGAAGCUGGCUGAGACCUACUGCGUCUGCCACCUGGCCACCGGGGACAUGCUGCGCGCCAUGGUGGCCUCAGGCUCCGAGCUGGGCAAGCGGCUCAAAGAGACGAUGGACUCAGGGAAGCUGGUGAGCGACGAGAUGGUGGUGGAGCUGAUUGAGAAUAACCUUGACUCCCCUCCUUGCAAAAAUGGCUUCCUUCUGGAUGGCUUCCCACGCACCGUGAAGCAGGCGGAGAUGCUGGAUGAGCUCCUGGAGAAGAGGAAAGAGAAGCUGGACUCUGUCAUCGAGUUCAGCAUCCCCGACUCCUUACUCAUCCGGAGAAUCACUGGACGGCUGAUUCACCCAGCAAGCGGCCGUUCUUAUCACGAGGAGUUCAGACCCCCGAAAGAGCACAUGAAGGACGAUGUCACUGGCGAGCCCCUGAUCCGCCGUUCCGAUGAUAACGAAACAGCCUUGAAAACCCGCCUGAAGGCCUAUCACACGCAGACCUCCCCCCUGGUCUCCUACUACAGCAAGCGAGGGAUCCAUACGGCCGUGGACGCCUCCCAGUCUGCCGACGUGGUCUUCGCUAGCAUCCUGGCAGCCUUCUCGAGAGCAACAUCUGAGUGACUCCGUGAACCAGAUGAGACACCACCAAACGCUGCACACUCUGCUACAUCACCCAUUGCAUUCCUCCCUGGGGCAUGGGGGAGGCAGGGGGGGCAGCUGGGAGGGGGUAUGAUUGAUAAGAGGGGGGAAAAGAAGGUGGCAGACAAGGGAGUUGGGCUUGAUUUGUUUUUUUGUUUUGUUUGGGGUUUUUUGGGGGUUUUUUUAUUCAUCAGAAUCACUUUGAAGAGGAGAUGGUCUUCUCCUUAGAAAUCAGUGUUUGGGGAGGCAAAACAAUUGUAGAGGGAAACAUCUAUGCCAAUGAUCAGACCCAGGUCUUUGACCUGCUAGGAGGAUAAGGCUAGAUGCCAUCUCAGGCUUCUCCAGGACUUUCAGCGUUUGUCUCAUGCACCCCUAGUGCUCUGCGGCUAUUGUAAGGUUUAUUGUGAUUACUAAACUUGAUUCCUGUCAGUAAGGACCAAAAUGAGCAAGUGACUCAUUAGCGCUGAAAUGGAAAGGGAAAAGAGAUGCCAUGGUCUCUUCCUGCAAGUUUUGUUUUCUCUCGCUCCACUGCAUUCCUAAGCCCCAGCGUUUACUUCUCAAGGUUUUUCUGCUGCUGAACAGAGGGGCCAUGGCUCUAGUCCAAGCCUGCCUUACUUGGCAAUAGGGUGACUCUUCUGUGAUCUUGAGCAAGCUGAAAUUCACAUAAUGCUGAAGAAAUGCAAAAGAGACUUUCUUACUUGACUGCAAAAAUGACACUUAAUUGGUGUUUGCAUUUCUUUAUAGAUCAAAUGGUGCCUUGUCUAAACUCUGAAUCAAUAAUAAAAUAACCCCUUUACAUUUUG